AUGAAACCCUCUCUUUCCAUUUCCAUUGUGGUCGUAGCAUGUAUCUUGUUGUAUGGAACUUAUUUGGAUAGUGCCGCAUCUGAAUCAUCGGCACUAUCACUAGAAGCAAAGGCUCUGCUGGAGAGUCGGUGGUGGGGGAGUGCCAACACCAGCAACGUUCCUCAUUGUUACUGGAAUGGUAUUAUGUGCAAUACUAAUGGAAGCAUCAUUUGGAUUGCAAUGGCUUAUCAGCUCCAUUCUCCAGUUAAGUUAAAACUCAACUUCUCUUCCCUCCCUAAUUUAGUUCGCCUUGAUUUGUCGUUUAACGGCCUUAGUGGUCCAAUCCCUCCUACUCUCGGCCAUCUAACUAAUCUGAAAUAUUUGUACCUGCAUAAUAACAAUCUUAGUGGUCCAAUCCCUUCUACUCUAGGCCAUUUAACUAAUUUGAUAUAUUUGUUGCUCCGCAACAAUCGAAUCCAUGGUUCCAUUCCCCUAGAAAUAGGCAAUAUGGAGAAUUUGAGAUAUAUGUCCCUAAAAAAUAACAACCUUAGUGGUUAUAUCCCAGGAGAAAUGGGGAAUUUGAAGAAGCUGACCCAUCUCGUUCUCGAAUCUAACAAUCUCACUGGCUCAAUUCCUACUCAGCUAACCAAUUGCCAUUCGCUGGAGCGAUUGUUAUUGAGCAACAACUCCUUUCAUGGAAGUGUUCCCUAUGAGAUCCGACACCUUACUUUCUUGGCCACUAUAAACCUUAGUCAUAACUUUAUUAGUGGAAAAAUACCUCUUGAUCUAUGGGGUUUACCAGUUUUAGUGGUCUUGGAUCUUAGCUACAACAAUCUUUCUGGCAACGUACCCCUUUCUUUCACUUCUAUAACACAUAUCAACUUGUCAUACAAUUCUUUGUCUGGUCAAAUACCAGACAGUUAUCAAAAUCAUACAUCUGACACGUUAAUUGGCAACAAGGAUUUAUGCGGUGAUUUCGUGGGUUUCUCUCCUUGCCUUUCACUUUCCCCUCCUUCCCUUUCACAUUCCCUAGUCAGUAACAAAUCAGUUAUACCCAAAGUAAAAAUCAUUGCACCCAUUAGCAUUUUCCUUGGAUUCUUAGUUCUUGGGGGUUUUUGUUUUUUCCUGUCUAAACGUGUGGUUAAAAAAACCCAAUCUAUGUCAACAGAAAGAAAGAAUGGAAACUUGUUCUCGAUAUGGAAUUAUGAUGGAAAUAUUGCAUAUGAAGACAUCAUUCAAGCGACCGAGGACUUUGACAUUAAGUAUUGUAUUGGGACAGGUGGUUAUGGAAGUGUUUACAAAGCAGAACUACCUGGUGGAAAAGUAGUUGCCUUGAAGAAGCUUCAUCGCUUAGAGGCUGAGAAUCCAGCUUUUGAUAAGAGUUUCAAGAACGAGAUAAAGGUGUUAACAGAGAUUAGGCAUAGAAACAUUAUAAAGCUUUAUGGGUUUUGUUUGCAUAAGCGAUGUAUGUUUUUGGUUUAUGAGUACAAGGAAAGGGGAAGUUUGUUUUGUGUCCUAAACGACGAGAUUGAAGCUGUGGAAUUAGAUUGGAGCAAGAGGGUAAACAUCAUCAAAGACACUGCACACGCCUUAUCUUACAUGCAUCACGAGUGCAUCCCAACAAUUGUUCAUCGAGAUAUAUCAAGUAACAAUAUUCUAUUGAACAAUAAACUAGAGGCUUUUGUCUCUGACUUUGGCACUGCUAAAUUUCUUGAUCCGGAUUCUUCCAAUCAGACAUUAGUUGCAGGCACUUACGGUUACAUUGCCCCAGAGUUGGCCUAUACCAUGAAAGUUACUGAAAAAUGCGAUGUUUAUAGCUUUGGAGUGAUGGCAUUGGAAAUAUUAAUGGGAAGAUAUCCAACGGAACUCCUGACUUCAUUAUCAUCAUCGUCUUCUCAAAACGUGAUGUUAUAUGAAAUAUUAGACCAACGUCUAUCACCUCCAAAUCAUCUAGUUGCACAUGAUAUUUUCCUUGUUGCAACAAUAGCAUUUGCAUGUGUACACACCAAACCAAAGUCUCGGCCUAUAAUGAAAUGCGUGUCUCAAGAAUUUCUUUCUCGGAGGAAGCCAAUAGCCAAGCCUCUACAUGCAUAUUCACUAUGGGAGCUAAGGAACCAAGAGAUGUAUAUGGUUGGAUCUGGGGAUGAAACUCAAUUAUGA